CAAUAAUAAGGUAGAUCCCGGAAGUGUGCAGCUAGCCAUCUGAAGAGAACUGGAGGGAGCCGCGAAAAUAUUCAAGAUGAUCGUAAAUUUGCGACCAUAACUUUAAUUUUUCUAAAACGCCUCCCUCUUCUGUCCCCAGUUUGCAGCAUCUGAACAUAGCCGGUAGAAUGGAUUCAAAAGAACCCCCAACGCAUACAAAUAACUCCUCUAUGGAAAUAACUCAGAGUUUGGACGAAGACCCCUUGAAUGACGGGCCUCUCAUUUCGCCUGAAAUCCUGGACUCUGCCAUUAAAAAAGAAUUCCAGAAGCUUCCGACAAGCUGGGCUGCUUUGCUACUGUCCUUGCUGCAUGUGGCCUUCGUGUGCCUGUCGGCGGCGCUGGCGGUGUACUGCACCAUACUGUCGAGUCACCGGAGCCAGUGCCUCAGCCUCCUGCAGGGCCUGGAGAGCCCGACGGUCAUCGUGUUCGCCAAAGUGUGCCUGUGGGUCCUGCAGGUGGCGUUCGAGCGCUUCGUCCACCGGCACCACGGCCGCGUGCGGAGCAGGGGCUACCUCCGGUUCUACCGGGCCACCCGAAACCUGAAGACCCUGCCCGUCUACAUCCACUCAGCCGGGAACGCGGCGGUGCUGAUGAUCCUCGCCGCCGAGCCUCUGUUACACGGUGUGAAGAACCUCAGCGUGGGGCUCCUCCUGGGGGUGCUGGCCCUGGAGCUGCUCUCUGUGCCCUGCCUGCUGCUGUACUCAGUCAGGGUGCAGAACUUCAACAGAGAGAGGCCGGAGCCCGACGUCAGCCAGGAGGAGCGAUCGCACGGUUACCCCGGCAACGCCCAUCCCCUCUGCACAGAGACCGGAUUCAGGGACGGCUCAAAUCUGGAAGACGUCGUGGAGAAGCAGGCGGACUUGAUCGAGUACCUGCAGCAGCACAACACCCUGCUGAGCAAGAGGAUUCUGUCCCUGACCAGCCAACAGAUGAGGGAGUAGGGGGUCAUGUGACUGCGAGGGGGAGGGGACUCAUGCAUGUAUGUAUGUAUGUAUAUGUGCGUAUGUUGUUUUAUUGCCAAGUGAGUACGCCGCCUGCACGUUUCGCUUUUCCGAAAAUCGAAACGCUUCGCCGCACGUGCGUCGCUUUGUGUCUUGUGUGCGGCGCGUUUUAAGUGACGUCGAAUCCUCGCGGCGCUGAGGCCGGUGUCUGUGGAAACGCGCGCUGUUGCGCUGGAAUAUGAAUUCAGUCGUGCUGAAGUUAAGUUAAGUUGAGGCCAAAGUGCGAGCAGGACGUGGCUGAAUGAUUAGCUGAAGGGAAAAGUGUUUUAUUUGUGUGUAAUGACCCCAAGCGUCCUUUAAUUAGUCAUGUGAACAGAACCUGAGAAAUCUGGAAUAAUAAAACGUCCUUUGACCCUCACGCACAAGCAUGAACACACACGCGCACACACACGCACGUGUGCCCACACACACACACACUCACGCACACACACAUGCACGCGCCCUCACGCACACACACACACAUACACACACACACACACGCGGGCAUGGGCGCAGACCCUCACCCGCAUUCAAAAAAAUCAAACGGAAAGUCAGAAGAGCGGAAAAAACACAAUAUCUCUGUCGUGAGAAAGUGGGAAUUUUUUCACUUCGUGAAUAAAAUGAUUAUCGCUUAGACUGAUGCUGCUGUUUAACGUAAUGAAAUUCCGGGAAUGUAGUCCCAGUUUCACGCACUGAUGUCCAGACUGAUGGUUAAGAAACUGUCAUUUUGUCAGAAUAGUGUUGAAAAUGGGGGG